AUGCCUCCAAAAUUCGAUCCUACUGAAGUUAAAUUCAUUUACUUAAGAGCCACUGGUGGUGAAGUUGGUGCUUCAGCUGCUUUAGCUCCAAAAAUUGGUCCUUUAGGUCUUUCACCAAAAAAAGUUGGUGAAGAUAUUGCCAAAGCUACUACUAAAUUCAAAGGUAUCAGAGUUACUGUUCAAUUAAGAAUCCAAAACAGACAAGCUGUUGCUUCAGUUGUCCCAUCAGCUUCUGCUUUAGUUAUCACUGCCUUAAAAGAACCACCAAGAGAUAGAAAGAAGGAAAAAAAUGUUAAACACACUGGUAACAUUGCCUUAGAAGAAAUUAUUGAAAUUGCUAGAACAAUGAAAGAAAAAUCAUUCGGUAAAAACUUAGCUUCAGUUACUAAAGAAAUCUUAGGUACUGCUCAAUCAGUUGGUGCUAGAGUUAACUGGAAAAAUCCUCAUGAUAUCAUUGAAGCUAUCAACGCUGGUGAAAUUGAUAUCCCAGAAAACUAA